AUGAAUAUAAAUUAUACCCCGAUUGUUAUCUUGACUAGUAAGAAACUUAAAGAAAAAGAAAGACUACAGACUCAGGAAGAGCAUGAACAAUUGAAAACCACUAGUAAUUCUGCAUUUUUGAAGGAUAAAGAGGAAUUAAGAAAUAUCUAUCCUAAAAAGGAUGUGGCAAUAUAAGCCAAGGAACUCAGUCCUCAAUGAGGUCAAUGUCUGCGCAAUUUAAUUAUUCUCCGUCAAAAUCUAUUUCCCCUGCAAAACACAAUUCUAAAAUAAUGAGCAUGAACCAGGUGACAAGGUUCAGGAUAAGCAGACGCAAUAAGGAUUAUAUUAACAUCGACGGGUCUGUGAUUAGCUCUAAAUCCCAUUACUCUAGUAUGAAGAAUACGAGAAAAAGAUUAGCAAAGAAGAAAGGCAUGGUUAAAAACCUUUCUUGCCAUAACCCCCUGAGAUACUUCCAUAACUACAAGCUGAGUAAAACCAGAUAUGGAGAUGAUUCUGAUUACCCUAAUGAUUUUAAUGAAACUCGACUUUUUAAUUUCUCCACACUUAAAUACGAUUCAAAGAGGAAAUCUCAACUUAAGAGAAAAUUAAGCAGCAAAAAUAAAUCUGUGUUUAAUUAUUCUGCAAGGAGACAAAGCACCUACAGGAAAAGAGAAAGCUUUUCAGCUGCAAAAAAUGAAACCAAUCAUACUCAAGACAGUCACUCUAUGACAGUAUCUCCGUUGAUUAAAUAACAUCAAUAAUUCCAGUACUAUCGGCCCAAAGACUAGACAUAGAAUUAAAGUCAAAUUUCCUACUUCUAACCGCCUCACCCAAGAAGACUCUUCAGUUAGCAUAAGAGAAUCUCAAGAAGUCAACGCCUCUGCAGAAAGCUUACUUAAAAACAAAAAUAAUGAGCCAAGAGUUGAAGAUUCAAUCCAAGAUUCUGAUUAUGUAGACCUAAAACAUCGAUACAACACAUUCGAGGAUAAAAGAUCUUCUAAAAACACAGCUCCACAGCAGAAGAUCAUGGACAUAAUCGUCCCUUUCUGAUCUGCAAAGGUGACUCUCAAGAAGAGAUGCACCUCAUCCCCCAAUGCCGAUGAUCCGCCCCCAUCUAGCACCAAGGCCCCCUCCAACACCGUGGUUGUCAGAAAAAGCAUGCUUGACCCUCGUUGUAAACUCAAAAAGAAGCUUAUUCCUCACUCACAUUCAAAGUCCCCAUACAGCAGCCUUCGUGGCCAUAUUACUAAGAAAGCUAGAAAUUUAGCCCACUCCGCUUACAAACUCCAAGAAUCCCAGAACAAAGACCUCUUCAAAAUCCUUCAGUGGAAAAGACUCACUUAG